AGGAAGAGCACCCGCGCCGCCGGAAGUAGCCGAGUGGUUCUCAGCGCCUAGACCGUGGCGGUGGGACAGAGGGCUGCCAUGGAGCGCCCAGAGCUGGGGGCCAGUUCAGACGACGCUAUGGACUCGUUUCUGGAAAAGUUUCAGAGCCAGCCUUACAGCGGCGGCUUCCACGAGGACCAAUGGGAGGAGGAAUUUGAAAAGAUCCCCCUAUUUAUGAAGAAAGCACCAUCAGAAAUUGAUCCCAAAGAGAAUCCUGACUUGGCUUGCCUCCAGUCAAUUAUUUUUGAUGAAGAACGAUCUCCAGAAGAACAGGCCAAAACCUAUAAAGAUGAGGGCAAUGAUUACUUUAAAGAAAAAGACUAUAAGAAAGCUGUGAUUUCUUACACGGAAGGAUUAAAGAAGAAAUGUGCAGACCCUGAUUUGAAUGCUGUUCUUUACACCAACCGGGCAGCAGCACAGUAUUACCUGGGCAACUUUCGUUCUGCUCUCAAUGAUGUGACGGCUGCCAGAAAGCUAAAACCCUGCCACCUCAAAGCGAUAGUAAGAGGUGCCCUGUGUCAUCUGGAACUGAAAAACUACGGUGAAGCUGUGACUUGGUGUGAUGAGGGGCUGCAGAUAGAUGCGACAGAGAAGAAGCUUCUGGAAAUGAGGGCAAAAGCAGACAAGUUGAAGCGAACUGAACAGAGGGAUAUAAGGAAAGCAAAGUUGAAAGAAAAGAAGGAGCAGAAUCAGAAUGAGGCUUUACUCCAGGCCAUCAAGGCUAGGAGCAUCAGGCUAGUCUCUGAAGCUGCUGGAGAAGAUGAAGAUUCAGCCUCAGAAGGUCUUGGUGAGCUUUUCCUGAAUGGGCUCAGUUCUGAGAACCCCUAUGGAGCCAGGCUGAGUGUAGAUGACCAGGGCAGACUGAGCUGGCCUGUGCUCUUUCUGUACCCGGAGUAUGCCCAGUCGGACUUCAUCUCUGCUUUUCACGAGGACUCCAGGUUUAUUGAUCACCUAAUGGUGAUGUUUGGUGAAACGCCCUCUUGGGACUUAGAGCAAAAAUACUGCCCUGAUAAUUUAGAGGUCUACUUUGAGGAUGAGGACAGGGCAGAACUAUACCAGGUACCUCCCAAGAGCACCCUCCUGCAGGUGCUGCAGCACCCCAGGUACUCUGUAAAAGCCCUGACGCCAGCAUUUCUGGUCUGUGUAGGAUCCUCUGCUUUCUGCAGGAAUUACCUCCGGGGGCGAAAGGUGCACCAGAUAAAGUGAUCGGGUCAAGCUGUGGGAGCCAGGCCUCUAGAUCUCCUCCCUCCGCCUCCGCAGCCUGGAGUCCAGUACACUUGAAUCAGUGGGUCCUACUCCUAGAAUCUAGCACUUUAUUUUUAUCACCCUGAGGACAGGCUUCCCCACAUCGUGGUGGGGAAGAGCUGUCAACUUCCAGAACUGCAGCCUUUCUGGUCAGAGUGCUGAGCUCCCCUGGUCUUCACUCUUUUUUUUGUUUGUUUUCAGGGCCACACCCGUGGCAAGUGGAGGUUCCCAGGCUAGGGGUCUAAUUGGAGCUGCAGCUGCCAGCCUACGACACAGCCACAGCAACACCAGAUCCUUAACUCACUGAGCGAGGCCAGGGAUCAAAUCCACCUCAUGGUUCCUAGUUGGAUUUGUUUCUGCUGCACCACGAUGAAAACUCCAUUCUCCUCUCGAUACAAAACUGUGUGCCUUGGUCAUGACACCCUUGGACCCAGCGGCCUCCAGCCUCCAUCUCUGACCUGGGAAACGCACUGGCCUGCGGAAACUGACUCAGGAUCCAGUGACAUGGUCUGAAGCUUUGUGGAGUCAGAGGCCUGGAGAAGCUAGGCUCACACUGCACUGUACACAAACCAAGCGUGUAAUGUAAGGGAUUAGAGCUGAGACUCGGGCCUCCCAUUGUUUCAUGAGCACAGCAGGCUGCUCUGUGGGGACGCUAUAAAUGCCUUGGGAUGAGAAUGGGGCCAGGAAGGGGGUCCUGUUUCUGCAUCUAUAAAGACCUCCACACCAGGGUCUUCCAGAACACCUAAACAGUUUGCCAGUUUUGCUGAUCUUGCCGUAUGGAGAGCUGUGACUGUUCUUGGAUGCUGGCUUUGAGUUUCUCUCCAGUUUCCACAUUUUAGGAUUUUGUGCCUUAUAAACUGGAAAAUCUUUUUGCAUGUUGA